AUAUAACCUAGAGACAAGAGCCAAAAAGCAGAGUGAGAAAGCUUUUAUCGGCCUGGCUCUACACUCGGCGUUUGUCUCGUGGUCACUUCGAAAGUGACCGCCGGCGCUUGUUCUAUCUUUUUUUACUGCGGUCUUUCAGUCUCUCACUUACACUUAAAUUCAUUUUUUCUUUUCGAUUCUGGUCCUCGGAGAGCAUUGCCAAGCAGCUUGCAUAAAUACUCACUGCGCUGCGGUUCUACUCGAUCAUUCAUCCUUCCACUCGGGUUACUUCAAAUAUUUUUCUGAGUAAAAGGUUAUCAAGUUCCAUGGAUGAUGAGUUUUUCUACGGAAACAAAGCGCCAUCUGGUGUCAUAAAAGCGAUAAAGUUUGAUGUUUUAACUGAAAAUGAUAUAGAGAAAGUCUCUGUUUUAGAGAUAAAUGCAGCCGGGCAGGUCACUGGGUCUAUGUUGGGAUUUCCAAAUAUAUCUGACGAGUGUGCCACUUGUGGUUCUAAAGACAAAAAGUUUUGUGAAGGUCAUUUUGGAGUAAUCAAAUUUCCAUUUCCCGUACUCCAUCCAUAUUUUAUGUCAGAGAUUGCACAAAUCUUGAAUAAGAUUUGCCCGGUUUGCAAAACUAUUCGUCAUAAAUCUAAGGGUGCUCAAUUAAUAUUUGGAAUCAAGCAGUCUAUCAAUUGCAAAUAUUGUUCUGGAAAUGGGAUGGGCCGUUAUCCAUCCAUGAAGUUUAAAUUUUCGUCCAAUGAUCUCUACAAAAGAACAGCAAUUAUUGUUGAAGUAAAUGAUAAGGUUUCAAAGAAAACUUUGGGACGAAGCCUGCCAGCUGAUUAUUGGGAUUUUAUUCCUUAUGAUGCUCAACAAGAAGAAAAUUAUGUAAAUAGAAGGGUUUUAUCACCAGGACAGGUUAUUUCUUUGUUGAAUGAUGUUGAUCCGAACUUCAUUGAAAAAUAUAUUCCAAGAAAAAAUUUGGUCAGUCUUAAUUGCUUCCAAGUGACUCCAAAUUGUCAUCGAGUAACAGAAGUCCCUUAUGCAAUUUCUAAUGGAAACCAAUUGAGUUUUGAUGACAGGACUCGAUUUUGUAAGAAAUUGGUUGAUUUCAGGGGCACAGCUAAUGAGUUAAGUUCUCGUGUUUUGGAUUGCAUGAGGAUUUCGAAGCUAAAUCCUGAUAAAACACCUAAUACUAUUUUUGCUGAUAUCCAAAAGAAAAAAGUUGCAGAAAAUGCUUGCAAUUCUUCUGGUUUAAGAUGGAUAAAAGAUGUGGUUCUUGGAAAACGCAAUGAUAGUACGUUCCGUGCCGUUGUUGUUGGUGAUCCAUACCUUGAGCUCAGUGAAAUUGGUAUACCUUGCCAUAUUGCUGAAAGUUUGCACGUUUCUGAGUAUGUUAACAGGCAGAAUUUGGAAAAGCUGCUUUAUUGUUGUGAGCUACGCCUGUUAGAGAAGGGAGCGAUAAAGGUUUGCAGAAAGGGUAGUUCUAUUAAUCUGUUUAAAAAGGAAGAUCUACGGAUAGGAGACCAAUUUUAUAGGCCUCUUUGUGAUGGGGAUAAGGUUCUGAUAAAUAGGCCCCCUUCCAUACAUCAACAUUCUAUGAUUGCUCUCACUGUUAGGGUCCUUCCAAUAUCUUCUGUAGUGUGCAUUAACCCACUUUGUUGUUCCCCAUUUCGUGGGGAUUUUGAUGGUGAUUGCCUUCACGGGUAUAUUCCACAAUCAGUUAGUGCAAGAGUUGAGCUUAAUGAGCUUGUUGCUUUAGAUAGGCAAUUGUUUAAUGGGCAAAGUGGUAGAAAUCUGCUUUCACUUUCGGAGGAUAGUUUGACUGCUGCAUAUUUGCUAAUGGAAGAUGGGGUCCUUUUAGAUGUUUACCAGAUGCAGCAGCUUCAAAUGCUUUGUAACAAAGGUUUACCUCCUCCUGGAAUUGUAAAAGCUCCUUCAAGCAAAAGCUCAUUUUGGAGUGGCAAGCAAUUGUUUAGCAUGCUCUUGCCUUCUGAUUUUGGAUAUUCCUUUUCUUCGGAUGGUGUUGUUGUUAGUGAUGGGGAGCUUUUAUCUUCUUUUGAGGCUUCUGGAUGGUUACGUGAUUCUGACUGCAAUGUUUUCCAGAGUCUUGUGGAACAUUUUCAAGGGAAAUCUCUAAACUUUUUGUUUGCUGCGCAGAAUGUUUUAUGUGAAUGGUUAUCUAUGAUUGGUUUUAGUGUUUCACUCUCAGAUUUGUACCUCUCUUCUGAUUCCUAUGCACGAAAAAACAUGAUUGAGGAAAUAUUUUAUGGUUUACAAGAUGCAGAGAAGGCAUGUGAUUUCAAGCAGUUAUUGUUGGAUUGCUAUUGUGAUUUUUUGUCUGGAAAUCAUGAAGAGAGUGAAAAUUCUAUGAUUGUUGAUGCAGACAAUCUGAAUAAUGAAAGACAAAUAUCUGCUGCUCUCAGUCAAGCAUCAGUUGAUGCUUUUAGGCAUGUUUUUCGCAAUAUUCAAAGUUUAGCUGACAAAUAUGCAUGUACAGACAAUACUUUUCUUGCCAUGAAUAAGGCUGGAAGCAAGAGUAGUUUAGUGAGAUUAGCGCAACAUUCCAUGUGCCUUGGCAUGCAAAAUUCUCUGGUCCGCUUAUCUUACAGACUACCCCGUCAUCUUUCAUGUUCUGCUUGGAAUAGUGAAAAGGGGCUUGAUUCAAUCCAGAAAUACUCUGGUACCCUUAAAUCUGUUCAGUCUUACAUUCCGUGUGCUGUGGUCAAAAGCUCAUUUCUGACUGGGUUGAAUCCACUUGAAUGUUUUGUUCAUUCUGUGGCAACCCGUGCUAGUGGUUUCAGUGAAAAUGCAGACGUUCCUGGAACAUUAACACGGAGAUUGAUGUUCUUCAUGCGUGAUCUGUUUGCUGCAUAUGAUGGAACAGUGAGAAAUUUAUAUGGUAAUCAACUUAUUCAGUUUUCUUAUGAUAUUGAAGAGAACUCUUCAUGUGAUCAAAGUUUAAAAGAGUAUGCUAUUGGUGGUGAACCAGUUGGGGCACUUUCUGCUUCUGCAGUUUCAGAAGCUGGAUACAGUGCUUUGGAUCAACCAGUUAGUCUACUUGAAACGUCACCUUUGCUGAAUUUGAAAAAUGUUCUUGAAUGCGGUUCAAGGAAAAAAAAGGGCGACCAGUCUGUGACUUUAUUUUUGUCUGAAAAAGUUGGUAAACAGAGACAUGGGUUUGAAUAUGCAGCUUUAGAAGUUAAGAAUUAUUUGGAAAGAUUGUUCUUCUCAAAAAUUGUUUCUACUGUGAUGAUAAUAUUCACCCCACAUGAUAGCCGCAGCCUAGAGAAAGGCUGUCCUUGGGUCUGCCACUUUCAUUUAGACAAGGAAAUUCUAACGAGAAGAAAUUUGAAAGUGGAUUCUAUCAUUGACUCUCUUUACCAGAGAUAUUACUCCCAGAGAAAAGAACUAAAAGUCUCUUUUACCAACUUGAAAAUAUCAAGCAAAAAGUGUUCUGGUUAUUCAGCGGUUAAGGAAGGUGAUGACACUUUUGUAGAUAAUAAAGAAGACAGUGAUGAUUGCAUUACGGUCACAGUUGUUGAAAAUUCUGAGAAUCCUAUCCAACUGGUUUCCGUUCGGGACUUGAUGAUACCUUUUUUUCUAGGAACAACAGUAAAAGGAUUUAUGGACAUCAAGAAGGUUGAUAUUCUCUGGAAUAAUCAAUCAAAAGUAACAAAUUCUUACAGUGGUUCUUCUGGUGAACUGUACUUGAGGGUUACUGUGGCCAGCGACGGUAACACUGGAAGGUUCUGGGGUGUACUUGUAAAUCAUUGUCACAAGAUAAUGCAGAUAAUUGACUGGCCACGGAGUCAUCCAGACAGCAUAAGUUAUAUCUCAUCAGCCUUUGGAAUUGAUGUAGCCUGGCAAUACUAUUACAAGAGUUUGGCAUCUGCAAUAUGUGACACUGGAAAGUCCAUCCUUCCUAAGCAUCUGCGUCUUCUUGCCAAUAGUCUGUCAGCUAGUGGAGAAUUUGUAGGAUUAAAUGCUAAAGGCAUGGCACUACAACGAGAACAUGCGUCCGUUUCAUCACCAUUUGUGCAAGCAUGCUUUUCUAAUCCAGGUAGGAGCUUUAUAAAAGCUGCCAAGUCUGGAAUCACGGAUAAUCUUCGGGGCAGCCUGGAUGCAUUGGCUUGGGGAAACUGUCCCUCUUUGGGGACAAGUGGACUGUUUGAUAUCAUAUAUUCAGAGAAGGGAUAUGAGGUAGCCAAGUCUGUAGAUGUGUAUAAGCUGCUAGAAGCCAGUUUUGACAAGCCGAACAAUAAGAUUGGUAUAUAUUCUCACAACAAUUCAUCUGACAAAUGUGGUUCUGAGUUUAGGCAUAAGAAUGGCUAUGCCUUUAAAGAGGGAAAACAGUGGAAAAACAUUGUAAGAAAUUUUGUGACGGUAAAUGAUAUUCAGAAGCUGACUAUUGCUUCAAGGUGCAUAUUGAACAAGUAUGCGAUUGAUGAACUGAUAAGUGAGUUUGACAGAUCUACAAUGCUAAGAGUUCUGAAUUUCCAUCCUCGUAGAAGUGAGAAAUUGGGUAUUGGACCACAGGACAUUAAGGUUGGAUGGCAUCCUAAAUUUACGGAUAGCCGCUGCUUCCAUAUAGUACGAACUGAUGGAACUGUUGAAGAUUUUUCAUACCGCAAAUGCAUACUUGGUGCUCUUGAAAUCGUUGAUCCAAAAAUGUCGAAGAUCCAGAAGAAAAAAUGGUCAGGACGUGAUGACACAAAUUCAAUGCGUGUCCAAGCAUAGUAAGUGAUUUCAUUUGAUCUGGUGGCAGUCUCCAUAAAGACUACCAGAAAAAAAGAAGUCGUGUUUUCUCUGAAGAAAUCGUGGUAAAUGUAGUGGGAAGUGUUAGUAGUGCCUCAACUCUACAGUCACAAACAGCAACGUUGUUUUUCUACCUUUGAUUUGAAAGAUAUCCAGAAUCAGUGGUAGAGAAACACUGCUCACAUUUGCGAGUUUAGAGUUAUGUUGUUGGCAUUACUCCAGCUAAAAGGUGGAAAGAACUAGAAAGCUUGUUUUGUUGUGCUAUUUGGGUGGUAUGGUAACUCCAUGGGUUUUUCUCGACGGAUAGAGGCAGGCAGAAGCACGUUUUGAAAGAACUGAGAUAAUGCAUAGAAGGGGAGUAUACAAGGUGAAAACAAUGGUAGCACAUUCUUUUAUGUUAACAAUUUAAGUUUUCUUUUGUAUGGCCUGGGUUCUUACCCAUAGCUUCUUUUUGCUUUUUCCACUAAUACUUUGUUCGCCAACGAUUACGUAAGGCAAAUAAAGAUCUAGUGGAAGCAGCAACGAGAAGCUUGUAAAAGAUUUACACCCGAGAGACCAUAUGUAUUAGUCAAUAUGUAGCUCAUCAUAUUCCAUCUUC